UGUCAUCCUGCCUGCAUCCUCUCAAACGUUCACGUUGGCGUAAAAGCAAAAAAAUUCUAAGUGAAACGAUUAAAUUUUAGUUAAUUUUUAAUUUAGCGUCGUAAGCUUGGAGAAUUUGAGAUCUGUCUGUGUGCAAAUACAAUUUUAUUUGAGUUUUUGGGCUGUAUCCUCCGGUUUUCGUGGAUGAAGUGAUGUCUUGUUCAUCUUGAACAGUGUCGGCGAUUGACAUUUAGGCCUAGUUAUAAAUUAAUUUACACUUUCGUUGUUGCAGAUACAACUACUCUUGGUCAUUUAGGCUAUUUUUGUUUAAAGAGGUCACACGUUUUAUAACUUAAAGUUGGCCAAUUUUGUGGUGGUUAAAAUCCUCACAAUAAUAGGCCUAAUUACCUACUACUAGUAGGCCUGUCUGAAGUGAGUAUACUUAAGUUACUACAGCCUAGGACUAUUCCAAAAUGUUUAAUCUGAGGAAUAUUUCUAAAAUGCAUAAUAUUAGGACAGUAAAAUGUGAUAUAAACAAAAUGAUGAGGCACUCGCCACCUCUAUUCCUGGCUUCACAACGGGCAAUUCAUGAGAUCCCUGAUAGACUGAAAGAAGUCCCUACUGCAGAAAAUCCAAGGUUUUUUGAUAUGGUUGAAUAUUUUUUUCAUCGUGCAUGUCAAAUUGCUGAAGAUCAAUUAGUAGAAGAUAUGAAGACCAAACUCUCUCUUGAAGACAAAAAGAAGAAAGUUAAAGGAAUAUUGAUGGGAAUGCAGCCUUGUGACCACAUAAUUGAAAUCAAUUUUCCUGUGCGCCGUGAUAGUGGAGAUUAUGAAAUGAUUCAAGGCUAUCGCGCUCAACACAGUACUCACCGAACCCCUUGCAAAGGAGGUAUCCGUUUUUCUGAAGAAGUAUCAAGAGAUGAAGUGAAAGCUCUUUCUGCUCUCAUGACCUUUAAGUGUGCUUGCGUUGAUGUUCCUUUUGGAGGGGCAAAAGCUGGAGUCAAAAUCGACCCAAAAAAAUACAGUGAGUUUGAACUUGAAAGGAUCACGCGAAGAUUUACAUUGGAGUUGGCCAAGAAAGGAUUUAUUGGACCUGGUGUGGACGUCCCUGCUCCUGAUAUGGGUACUGGCGAGCGUGAAAUGUCGUGGAUUGCCGACACUUACGCCAAAACCAUUGGUCAUCUGGACAUAAACGCUCAUGCAUGUGUGACUGGUAAGCCUAUCCAACAGGGAGGUAUACACGGUCGUAUCUCUGCCACUGGCCGAGGAGUGUUUCACGGCUUGGAAAACUUCAUCAUGGAGGCUAACUACAUGAGCAUGAUUGGGACCACGCCGGGUUGGGGUGGAAAAACCUUCAUUGUUCAGGGUUUUGGAAACGUGGGUCUUCACACAAUGAGGUACCUCCACAGGGCUGGAGCUACUUGUAUUGGUGUUAUUGAAAGAGAUGGUUCAAUCUUCAACCCUGAAGGAAUCGACCCUAAGAAACUAGAAGACUACCGCAUUGAAACUGGAUCAAUUGUAGGAUUCCCCGGAGCGCAACCUUACCAGGGAGAGAAUCUGAUGUUUGAAAAAUGUGACAUUUUCAUUCCUGCUGCCCUUGAAAAAGUGAUAACCAAAGACAAUGCCCAUAAGCUGCAGUGUAAGAUUAUCGGUGAGGCAGCCAAUGGCCCGACCACACCGGCCGCGGACGCUAUUCUCCUGGAACGCAACAUCCUGGUCAUACCUGACUUGUACAUAAACGCUGGAGGUGUCACUGUGUCCUUUUUUGAGUGGUUGAAGAAUCUCAACCACGUGUCUUACGGCAGACUGACAUUCAAGUACGAGCGGGAGUCCAACUACCACCUGCUCGAGUCCGUCCAAGAGUCUUUAGAGAGGCGGUUUGGUCGGGUGGGAGGUCGCAUUCCAGUGACUCCUUCAGAAGCUUUCCAGAAGAGAAUCGCAGGAGCUUCAGAGAAAGACAUUGUACAUUCUGGUCUUGACUACACAAUGGAGCGGUCAGCUCGAGCUAUCAUGAAAACUGCAACGAAAUACAACUUGGGCUUGGAUUUGCGAACUGCUGCAUACGUUAACUCAAUCGAGAAGAUCUACACCACUUACAAAGGAGCUGGACUUGCUUUUUAAAAUGAAAAUCUGAACAUAUCUUUGGGUGGAGAUCUGCAAAUCACCUCACAAAAUGUUGGUCAGGUUUGAAGCAAAGUACGAUUUGUUCUUGAAUUUAUUAGGUUAAGUUUGUUUUUGCUUUAUUUUUUGGUAUUGGUGCUUAUGAUUUUACCUGUAUUUGGCGUUUACUUUAAUAACCUCACGUGACUCCGCGAUUUAAGUGAUAUUAAGUUUUGAAUUGUUUAGUCAUUAGGCCUACUGAUGCAUAAACCAUUCUGAUCCAUUUCUGGGAUAGUAAUAGUGAGGUUCAAAUGAAGAAUAAUUCUCACUUUUACCUCUUGAUCAAAUAAGAGUUUUUAAGGCUUGAACACUAAACUAUAAAAUGACAUUUAUAUACUUACAGAGCCAUUUUCUUCAAGGGGUUUUCUUGAAAUAAACGUUUGUUUGGUAAUAAAAAAUCAUAACUUCAACACCAAUUUUUAACUUUUUAUCAAUAAUUAUUAAAAUAAAAGGUGUAUGUUAUUAUUAAGGACGUAGUAAUAUUAACACCUUGAAUAACCUUGGUUUAGGUUUACACCUUGAAAAAAGGAUUUGAAUUGAGAUUAUAAUAAUUUUAAAUUCCUAAAUUUUAUUUGCCAAUCCUAAGAAAAUGCAAUAUUUGUAAGCAUAUCCAACAACUAGUUACAAGGGACGUCAAUAUCAAUGCUGUUGCUCAAAUAGUAACAAAUCAGAUGUACGUUUUUGCCCUCACUUAUAGUUUGACAAUGGUCUUCAAGACCUUAUAGAAAAACGUCCUCCCUUCAAGGUUUCAAUAUUCAAUAUUGUAAACCUCUACUAUAUAAUGUUCCUUUUUAUCACUUUCCCUAGGAUGGCCUUACAUAACCAAAUUUUUGUAUUUAAUUGUAAUUGUAUUUAGUUUUAUAGUCAUUGUUUUUUUACUUUGUAGUUAGAAAGUCAUAAAUUUUAUUGUAUACCUAAAACUUGAAGAAUUUACAAUGUUGUAGCCCGAUAUUUUUUUUUUAAUCGGGAAAUUAGACUAGCAAACUCAAUUGAGACGGUUCUACUUUUUGAUUUGAUAUUUUUAACUUUAAUUUCAUUAAUGGCAAAACCACGUGUUCUCUUGGUCAAUUGAAUUGAACUAAUUGUAAAUUGAUUUCAAACCAUCAAAUAAUAUUGCAUUUCAAACUAGAACUAGACAAUGUCAGCAACAUUUUCACAGAAUCUCACAAGCUUUAUAUUUUUAGCAAAUUUCUAGGCUGUCACAAAAAUGUGUUAUUAAGCUUUAUUUUGGAUACAAGAAAGACGAUAUUAUGCGAAAGAUCUGCGCUAGUGAUUGUGAUAUUAUUUUACUGAAUAGGAUUUUUUUUAGAAAAUUGCUUUCUGUUACCAAUUUGAAAGUUUUUGAGGUACUUGAAUCUAAAAUGUAUGUAGGAAGUUUGUUUUGCACUGGUAGAAAUUGUGUAGAAUAUUUGUGGUCACACUGCUCUCUGUUCAUUUAAUUCACUUAGUGAUUUAUGGAAUUGCACUCAUUCAAUGUUAGUACUCAAAGUCAGUGAAUGUGUGUUACGAACGAGAAGUUUGUGGUAAGGAAGUUUGUUUGAAAAGAGUAGUUUAUAUCAUUUCGUGAACAAUAGUUUAAAGUUAUACACUUUGGUUGCUUCAUAGAGCACUUUUUCAAUGUUGAUACUUAAUACAAUUGUUGCAAAGUUGUUAUCUGUAAUAUGUUAUACUCAGAAUCGUGUACAAAACUGAUUUCCGAUUUUUUUUCUGGCUCCAUCAUUCCAAUGGUGUAUUAUACUAUACUGUUAUACAUUCCUGAUUGCUAUAAGAUUUUGUUAUGUUUUAUCAAAAGCCUAUUUUUACCUAUUUUUUCCUAUUUUUACUUAAGAAUGUUUUCCAUUAAUUGUAAUUUCUUAAUUCCCAUCGUAUGUAUUUAUUCAAUUAUUUUAUUUCCUACAGACCAAAUCAUUCCAUUAUUUUUUAAUACCUUGUGGAAUAAAUAUUAUGUACUUGCAGUUUUAAGAAUCUUUUGGCACAGAUAAAUAAUGAUUGUAAAGGUAACUUUCAGCCUGUGUUAAAAUCCCAAUGUCUUCACUCUGAUCCCCCUUUCAAGCUAAUGUUUAUGUGUAGGCUACUCAUUUGAAUACCAAGCUAUCAGCCGUAUUGUAACAGCAUACGUGAGGUUUACACUUCUGACAUAAUUAUGUUUCCUUUGCAUUCAUUAUUUCUCUGUGUUAUAGGUUAUUGUUUUUGAUGGAUUUUAUUUAAGUAUAAUUUUUAAUUUUCAUAAGCUCGGACGAAUUUCUCUGUCCUUGAUGUAUACUCUUAGUUUGUAACUUAACCACACUGUGCCAACGUAUACAUUACAACUUACAACUCGUUGAUUAUAUUUUAUACUGAUGUUGCUCUGUGUAAGAUAAAUCCAUGGAAUUACUACUCUGUGUUCAUAUACAAAUUUUCCAAUUUAGUUUGGUUUAUGAUUGUACUUGGGCAUUUCCAACCAAGCCACGAAUUAUCAAUUUUAGUGUAAUUGUGUUAAUGUUUUAUAAUUCUAUUAAAAUGCUGUACUUAAA